CAGCGAUGUCCCCCGGCAGGAAUGUCCCUCCUCAGAUAAUGUUAUUUAUAUCUCUGGGCGGGUCCGCGGCUCGGCAGCACCAGGCGCCCAGCGGCCGCUGUGCCAGGAGCCCCGCGCUGCCCUCCUCCCCCUGCGCCGCCGCCGCUGCCGCCCCCGGGCUUGGGGUGGCCGCUGCUACAAUCCCAGCCCAGGGACUUUUCCAUGAAGACUGAGGCAGGCAUCGUAGCUGCUGAGAGCCUGCUGACAUGACAUCGGCCACGGAGUUUGAAAACGUGGGCAACCAGCCACCGUACAGCCGGAUCAAUGCCCGCUGGGAUGCCCCGGACGAUGAGCUCGAUAAUGACAACAGCUCAGCCAGGCUCUUUGAGAGGUCCCGGAUCAAGGCUUUGGCAGAUGAGCGGGAAGUUGUUCAGAAGAAGACCUUCACGAAAUGGGUGAACUCACACCUGGCGCGGGUGUCCUGCAGAAUCACCGACCUCUACAAGGACCUGCGAGAUGGGCGGAUGCUCAUCAAGCUGCUGGAGGUGCUCUCUGGAGAGAUGCUGCCAAAGCCCACAAAGGGGAAGAUGCGCAUCCACUGCCUGGAGAAUGUGGACAAGGCCCUACAGUUCCUCAAGGAGCAGCGCGUGCACCUGGAGAACAUGGGUUCCCAUGACAUCGUGGACGGCAACCACCGCCUGGUCCUCGGCCUCAUCUGGACCAUCAUCCUGCGCUUUCAGAUCCAGGACAUUGUUGUCCAAACUCAGGAAGGCCGUGAGACGCGCUCGGCCAAGGACGCGUUGCUCUUAUGGUGUCAGAUGAAGACGGCAGGCUAUCCCCACGUCAAUGUCACCAACUUCACCUCCAGCUGGAAGGACGGCCUGGCCUUUAAUGCCCUGAUCCAUAAGCACCGACCCGACCUGAUUGAUUUUGACAAGCUGAAAGACUCCAAUGCCCGGCACAACCUGGAACAUGCAUUCGAUGUGGCUGAGCGUCAGCUGGGCAUCAUCCCACUCCUCGACCCCGAAGAUGUCUUCACAGAGAACCCAGAUGAGAAAUCCAUUAUUACCUAUGUGGUGGCGUUUUAUCACUACUUCUCCAAGAUGAAGGUGCUGGCAGUGGAGGGCAAGCGCGUUGGCAAGGUGAUCGACCAUGCCAUUGAGACUGAGAAGAUGAUUGAAAAGUACAGCGGGCUGGCCUCGGAUCUGCUCACCUGGAUCGAGCAGACCAUUACCGUCCUGAACAGCCGCAAGUUUGCCAACUCACUGGCUGGGGUCCAGCAGCAACUGCAGGCCUUCAGCACCUACCGCACUGUGGAGAAGCCACCCAAGUUUCAGGAGAAAGGAAAUCUAGAAGUACUACUUUUUACCAUCCAGUCCCGAAUGAGAGCCAACAACCAGAAAGUGUACACGCCCCACGAUGGGAAGCUAGUGUCUGACAUCAACCGGGCCUGGGAAAGCCUGGAAGAAGCAGAGUAUCGGCGGGAGCUAGCCCUGAGAAAUGAGCUCAUUCGCCAGGAGAAGCUGGAGCAAUUGGCCCGGCGCUUUGACCGAAAAGCUGCCAUGAGAGAAACGUGGCUCAAUGAAAAUCAGCGCCUUGUGGCCCAGGAUAACUUCGGGUAUGACCUGGCAGCUGUGGAGGCCGCCAAAAAGAAGCAUGAAGCCAUUGAGACGGACACGGCAGCCUAUGAGGAGCGGGUGAGAGCCCUGGAGGACCUGGCGCAGGAGCUGGAGAAGGAGAACUACCAUGACCAGAAGCGCAUCACCGCCCGCAAGGACAACAUCUUGCGCCUGUGGAGCUACCUGCAGGAGCUGCUGAGGGCCCGGCGCCAGAGACUGGAGACCACCCUGGCACUACAGAAGCUCUUCCAGGACAUGCUGCACAGCAUCGACUGGAUGGACGAGAUCAAGGCUCAUCUCUUGUCUGCUGACUUUGGGAAGCACUUACUGGAAGUCGAGGACUUGCUCCAGAAGCACAAGUUGAUGGAGGCUGACAUUGCCAUCCAAGGGGACAAAGUGAAGGCCAUUACCGCAGCUACCUUGCAGUUCACUGAGGGGAAAGGAUACCAACCUUGUGACCCCCAGGUCAUCCAGGACCGUGUCAGUCACCUGGAGCAGUGCUUUGGGGAACUGAGCAACAUGGCAGCUGGGCGGAAGGCCCAGCUGGAGCAGUCCAAGCGGCUCUGGAAGUUCUUCUGGGAGAUGGAUGAGGCCGAAAGCUGGAUCAAGGAGAAGGAGCAGAUCUACUCCUCACUGGAUUAUGGCAAGGACCUGACCAGCGUGCUUAUCUUGCAGCGCAAGCACAAGGCCUUUGAGGAUGAGCUCCGAGGGCUAGAUGCCCACCUGGAGCAGAUCUUCCAGGAAGCCGAGGGCAUGGUUGCCCGCAAGCAGUUUGGACACCCACAGAUUGAGGCACGAAUAAAGGAGGUGUCUGCCCAGUGGGACCAGCUCAAGGAACUGGCUGCCUUUCGCAAGAAGAACCUCCAGGAUGCUGAAAACUUCUUCCAGUUCCAGGGUGAUGCGGACGACUUGAAAGCCUGGCUGCAAGAUGCCCACCGGCUGCUCUCAGGUGAAGACGUUGGGCAGGAUGAAGGGGCCACACGAGCCCUGGGGAAGAAACACAAGGACUUCCUGGAGGAGCUGGAGGAGAGCCGCGGGGUGAUGGAGCAUCUGGAAACUCAGGCCCAGGGCUUCCCCCAAGAGUUCCGGGAUUCCCCAGAUGUGACCAAAAGGCUGCAGGCCCUCCGGGAGCUGUACCAGCAGGUGGUGGCCCAGGCAGACCUGCGCCGGCAGAGGUUGCAGGACGCCCUGGACCUGUACACAGUGUUUGGGGAGACAGAUGCCUGUGAGCUGUGGAUGGGUGAGAAGGAGAAGUGGCUGGCCCAGAUGGAGAUCCCAGACACGCUGGAGGACCUCGAGGUUGUGCAGCACAGGUUUGACAUCCUGGACCAGGAGAUGAAGACUUUGAUGUCUCAGAUUGAUGGUGUGAACCUGGCUGCCAACAGCCUCGUAGAGAGUGGUCACCCCCGCAGCGGAGAAGUGAAGCGGUACCAGGACCACCUGAACACCAGGUGGCAGGCAUUCCAGGCCAUGGUGUCAGACCGGCGGGAGGCAGUGGACUCGGCUCUGCGGGUGCACAACUACUGUGUGGACUGUGAGGAGACUAGCAAGUGGAUCACGGACAAGACGAAGGUGGUAGAGUCCACAAAGGACCUGGGCAAGGACCUGGCGGGCGUCAUCGCCAUCCAGCGGAAGCUGUCUGGGUUAGAACGCGAUGUGGCUGCCAUCCAAGCCCGUGUGGGUGCCCUGGAGCGGGAGUCACAGCGGCUGAUGCAGUCCCACCCUGAGCUCAAGGAGGACAUUGGCCGGCGGCAGGCGUAUGUGGAAGAGCUGUGGCAGGGCCUACAGGCAGCCCUGAAGGGCCAGGAGGCCUCUCUGGGUGAGGCCAGCCAGCUGCAGGCCUUCCUGCAGGACCUGGAUGACUUCCAGGCCUGGCUGUCCAUGGCCCAGAAGGCUGUAGCCUCAGAGGACACGCCUGAGUCCCUCCCAGAGGCAGAGCAGCUUCUGCAGCAACAUGCAGCCAUCAAGGAUGAGAUUGACGGGCACCAGGACAGCUACCAACAUGUCAAAGCAUCUGGGGAGAAGGUGAUCCACGGCCAGACAGACCCCGAGUACCUGCUCCUGGGGCAGCGACUGGAAGGCCUGGAUUCCGGCUGGGAUGCCCUGCGUCGGAUGUGGGAGAGCCGUGGCCGCUCCCUUGCCCAGUGCCUCGGUUUCCAGGAAUUCCAAAAAGAUGCCAAGCAGGCUGAAGCCAUCCUCAGCAACCAGGAGUACACUCUGGCCCACUUGGAGCCCCCAGACUCCUUAGAAGCUGCAGAGGCUGGGAUCCGGAAGUUUGAGGAGUUCUUGGUGUCCAUGGAGAACAAUAGGGAAAAGAUCUUGAGUCCUGUGGACUCCGGAAACAAGCUGGUCGCCGAGGGAAACCUCUAUUCAGACAAGAUCAAGGAGAAGGUGCAGCUGAUUGAGGACAGGUACAGGAGGAAUGAAGAGAGGGCCCAGGAAGGCUCAGUUCUUCUGAGAGACAACCUGGAGCUCCAGGACUUUCUCCAGAACUGCCAGGAGCUCACGCUCUGGAUCAAUGACAAGCUGCUGACAUCUCAGGACGUCUCCUACGAUGAGGCGCGAAACCUUCACAACAUAUGGUUGAAGCAUCAGGCAUUUGUGGCAGAGCUGGCCUCGCACCAAGGGUGGCUGGAGAACAUCGAUGCGGAAGGGAAACAGCUGAUGGAGGAGAAGCCCCAGUUUGUGGCCGUGGUGUCCCAGAGGCUGGAAGCCUUGCACCGGCUCUGGGAUGAGCUUCAGGCCACCACGCAGGAGAAGGCCAAGCAUCUCUCUGCGGCCAGGAGCUCUGAUCUGCGCUCACAGACCCAUGCUGACCUCAACAAGUGGAUCAGCGCCAUGGAGGACCAGCUGCGGUCUGACGACCCCGGCAAGGACCUGACCAGUGUCAACCGGAUGUUGGCUAAGCUGAAGCGUGUGGAAGACCAAGUGAACGUGCGGAAGGAGGAGCUGGGAGAGCUGUUUGCCCAGGUGCCCUCAGUGGGAGAAGAGGAGGGAGGUGCAGACUUGAGCAUUGAGAAGCGGUUCCUGGACCUCCUGGAGCCCCUGGGGAGAAGGAAGAAGCAGCUGGAAUCGUCUAGAGCCAAGCUGCAGAUCAGCCGGGACCUAGAGGAUGAGACGCUCUGGGUGGAAGAGAGACUGCCACUGGCCCAGUCGGCCGACUACGGCACCAAUCUGCAAAGUGUGCAGCUGUUCAUGAAGAAGAACCAGACACUGCAGAACGAGAUCCUGGGCCACGCGCCGCGGGUGGAGGACGUGCUGCAGAGGGGGCAGCAGCUGGUGGAGGCCGCGGAGAUCGACUGCCAGGACAUCGAGGAGCGCCUGGGGCACCUGCAGGGCUCCUGGGACACCCUGCGGGAGGCUGCGGCCGGGCGCCUGCAGCGCCUGCGGGACGCUAGCGAAGCGCAGCAGUACUAUCUGGACGCCGGCGAGGCCGAGGCCUGGAUCAGUGAGCAGGAGCUCUAUGUCAUCUCUGAUGAGACCCCCAAGGAUGAAGAGGGCGCUGUGGUGAUGCUGAAGCGGCAUUUGCGGCAGCAGCGCGCGGUGGAGGAGUACGGGCGGAACAUCAAGCAGCUGGCCGGAAGGGCCCAGACCCUGCUGUCUGCAGGCCAUCCCGAGGGGGAGCAGAUCAUCAGACUUCAGGGUCAGGUGGACAAGCAGUAUGCAGGGCUGAAAGACAUGGCAGAGGAACGCAAACGGAAGCUGGAGAACAUGUACCACCUGUUCCAGCUGAAGAGGGAGGCUGAUGACUUGGAGCAGUGGAUCGCAGAGAAGGAGUUGGUGGCCUCAUCCCCAGAAAUGGGGCAAGACUUUGACCAUGUAACGCUGCUCCGGGAUAAGUUCCGAGACUUCGCCCGGGAGACUGGGGCGAUUGGGCAGGAGCGGGUGGACAACGUGAAUGCCAUCAUCGAGCGGCUCAUUGACGCGGGCCACGGGGAGGCGGCCACCAUCGCCGAGUGGAAGGACGGGCUGAACGAGAUGUGGGCGGACCUGCUGGAGCUCAUCGACACGCGCAUGCAGCUGCUGGCCGCCUCCUACGACCUGCACCGCUACUUCUACACCGGCGCUGAGAUCCUGGGCCUCAUCGACGAGAAGCACCGUGAGCUGCCUGAGGACGUGGGGCUGGAUGCCAGCACCGCUGAGUCCUUCCACCGGGUGCACACGGCCUUCGAGCGGGAGCUGCACCUGCUGGGCGUGCAGGUACAGCAGUUCCAGGACGUGGCCACACGCCUGCAGACAGCAUAUGCAGGGGAGAAGGCAGACGCCAUCCAGAACAAGGAACAGGAGGUGUCUGCGGCGUGGCAGGCGCUGCUCGAUGCCUGUGCGGGGCGCCGCACCCAGCUGGUGGACACGGCAGACAAAUUCCGCUUCUUCAGCAUGGUCCGCGACCUCCUCUCCUGGAUGGAGAGCAUCAUCCGGCAGAUCGAGACCCAGGAGAGGCCCAGGGAUGUCUCCUCAGUGGAACUGCUCAUGAAGUAUCACCAGGGCAUCAGGGCGGAGAUUGAGACCCGAAGCAAGAACUUCAGCGCCUGCCUGGAGCUGGGCGAGUCCUUGCUGCAGCGGCAACACCAGGCCUCAGAGGAGAUCCGUGAGAAGUUGCGGCAGGUGGUGUCCAGGAGGAAGGAGAUGAAUGAGAAGUGGGAGGCCCGCUGGGAGCGGCUCCGCAUGUUGCUAGAAGUGUGCCAGUUUUCGAGGGACGCCUCCGUGGCUGAAGCAUGGCUGAUCGCCCAGGAGCCCUACCUGGCCAGCCGGGACUUUGGCCACACAGUGGACAGUGUGGAGAAGCUCAUCAAGAGGCACGAAGCUUUUGAGAAAUCCACAGCCAGCUGGGCAGAGCGCUUUGCUGCCCUGGAGAAGCCUACCACGCUGGAGCUGAAAGAACGCCAGACCCCAGAGAGACCUGCAGAAGAGACUGGGCCUCAAGAGGAGGAAGGCGAGACAGCAGGGGAGGCUCCCCGACCCCAUCGCGCGGCCACCGAGAGAACGUCCCCGCAGGGGGAAGAAGAGAGGCAGUGGCCUCAGGACCUGCAGCCGCCACCCCCUCCAGGGCCACACACGGCAGGACAAGAGGACAAAGCCGGCGGAGAUGAGAGGCCCACCACGGAGCCCCUCUACAAGGUCCUGGACACGCCUCUGAGCGAGGGCGACGAGCCCAGCACACUGCCGGCCCAGCGGGACCGCGGGCACAGCGUGCAGAUGGAGGGCUACCUGGGCCGCAAGCACGACCUGGAGGGGCCCCACAAGAAGGCAUCCAACAGGUCCUGGAACAACCUGUACUGUGUGCUCAGGAACAGCCAGCUGACCUUCUACAAGGACGCCAAGAACCUGGCGCUGGGGGUGCCCUACCACGGGGAGGAGCCCUUGGCCCUGAGACAUGCCGUCUGCGAGGUUGCUGCCAACUACAAGAAGAAGAAGCACGUGUUCAAGCUGAGGCUGAGCAACGGCAGCGAGUGGCUCUUCCACGGCAAAGACGAGGAGGAGAUGUUGUCGUGGCUGCAGGGCGUGAGCACCGCCAUCAACGAGGCCCAGAGCAUUCGCGUCAAGGCGCAGAGCCUGCCCCUGCCCUCCAUCAUGGGCCCAGACGCCAGCCUUGGCAAGAAAGACAAGGAGAAGAGAUUCAGCUUCUUCCCCAAAAAGAAGUAGCCUCCUGUGGCACCCCGCAGGUGGGGCCUGGCGGUGGGUGCCGCAGGGACAAUGCGCCCACUCUGGAAGGGACCGGCCCGGUCCUCCUCCUGCCCACCUCCCAGGCUGCCCACUGCCUGCCGCCUGCCUGCUCCGUGUUGUCGGGCCGGGCCCUGGGCCCACGCUGCACUGCAAUAGCUGCCUUUGCCCGCCGCCCGACUGGCCCACACCUGCCCCUGCCCUCCGCCGCGCCGCCUGGCUCCCUGCAGAGGGCGCUCAGAGCUCCAGGGACAGUGGCCCCAGGGCCUGGGGAUGGAAACGGUUCUCCUAGGUCUACGCCCUGCCACAGGGCUGAGGCACACCGACCCCACCCCCCACCCCCAAGCCUCAGAAAACUGGAGAAGAUUCAUGAGGUUCCUCUGACGCGGCUGCUCCCUGUGUUGGGCUGGCCUGCCGCUUGGGACAGGUAGAUGUUGGAGGUGCCUGGCCAGUCCUUAGGGGCAUGAGGAGGAGUCUUCGGGAGGCCUACAGAGCCCUAGCUCUGGACAAGGCCAGCUGGGGACCUCUCAGAAACCCCUCUCCCCUGGGCUCCCUUAAACUGGGACUCACCUCAGGGGCACACCCCUCCUGUUCUCCUCUCACCUAAAAGGGGGAGGGACCCCGCCAAGGUCUGUGGGUCCUACUUGGCCACAGGCUGCCCCCACCACCCUGUACUACCACCGCAGGCGGUAGAAGGGUGAGUGAGCUCUCAAGCUGAUCCUCUUUUAAAGUUACAGGUAGAACUUCGGGCUCAGGCCUGACCGAAGGAGGUAGGUAGGUCUCCACACUGCCCAAGGCUCUGCCUCUCCAAUCUGGGACACCCCUCCCCCCCACUCCCAGGAGCUGCCAAACCAACAAUAUCCACCUCACACCCAGGGCCUCAUAGGGAGAUGAUGUGGGACCCAGAUACAAGAUGGAUGCACUGGAGCAAAGCACCCCAAAGCCAAAUGCCCAGCGGUGCCGUCUGCAGCCAGUCCCAUAUGAGGGUAGUGGCUGGACAGACAGCAGAGUCUGUGACCCUGAGGGGGCAAGCGAGGCCCACACCCGAGUCAGUGCAGGGCCAGUGUCUAGAAGCCUGGACCCCUUAGUCGGCUUCUCUUGAACAUCCUGACCUCGGGUACCAGUCACCAAACAUCUCCCCCACCAGCCCCAAGCCCACCCAACGGGGGACCUGCCACCUGCAUCCCCAGAGGGAGACUUCCCUGUGCUGCCGGGAAGAGCCCACCAGUCCACAGGUGUUCCCCAUGAUUUCUGAAAGCAAUACAACUCUAGCCCGGCCUCUUAACUAGGGUUAAGUUCAAAAGAGGGCUGAAACUGGGCGGCAGGCGUUUCCCCUGGGGCCUGCAACUUGUUUCCAUCACCUUCCUCACAGGAAGGUGCCUUCAACACACCAAGCUGAUUCCCUGCAAAUGAGUGAGGCUCAGGUAGGAAUGGGGGGGGACAAGUAAGGCACUGAGUGAAUAGGUCUUCCCAGAAGCCCCUCAGUACAGCCACCUUCAGCAGGCAAAAAUCACAGGGCCAAGUUCUCCUAUGGAGCCUGACUUCCCCAGAUAAGGGGGGGCCCUCUGUAGCCAGGGUCUUCACUUGGCCUGUGCAUCAAACCCUACAGCCCUCUUUGCAUCUACAGGGAAUCUAGAAGCUACGACUCACCAGCCUCUUUCUAUACCUGGGGUAAUCAAGGCAGGAAGCAGGGUGCCAGUAUACUCAGCUGGCUCGAAGGAGGCCCCUGACGCAGCCGAGGGCCUGUCCUGCUCCCAGGCAGAGAGCAAGUUUCUCACUGAGAGCAGAUAGUGGUAAAAGUCUCCCUCACUUAGUGCCCUGGCCAGGCUUCAGGGAGCCCAGGGUCACCCUCCCCCUCCAUGUGUGCCAAAGUAGCACCUAAGGUGAGGAAUCUCCAGCAAGCAGCUCCAGACCCCAGAAUGGAAGGGACCCACAGAGCGAGGAUCUCACCACUCCGAGCCCCCAGAUGGGCAAGGGCGGCCGGCUGCAUGUGACCCGCCGUCUAGUGCGCCCCCCCGCCCCCCCGCAUCCUCCCCACAGGCCCGAGACACUCAGCAGAUGGACGAACUGCAGGCUCCCAGCUUCAGAGGGCUCCUGUGCCGCGCUGGGUCACCCGGUGCCCCACAAGGUUUCUCAUUUUCCUCCUGACACUUUCUACUUUGCAGCCUUGUAACAGUAUCCCAAAACAGGCUGCCACAGCUCCAGUCCACACCAGCAUACGAGGCUUCCUCCCAGGGCGGCUGGGGGAAGCUGGACACGGUCGGUCGGUCCUCCUGCCCUCUCCUUCCCCUCAACCAUGGCCUCAACUGAGUCUGGCUGGGCGUCCUUGGGCUUCCCUCCCCCAAGUCCCCACAGCAGGGGACUUGUGGAAGGUGCAGCUUCCCACACACGACUCCUUCCUGCCUCUUGGAGGGCGACUAGGGUCCCCGGAGCUGGUCCUGGCCCUUCAGUGUUAGGGGGCAGAGACCCAGAGGGCUACAUGGCUCAGUCCCCAGGACAAGCAAGCUCAGGGAGGACACAAGCGAGGAGGUGGCUGCAGAGGACUGCAGCCCUGGCGGGCACAGACCAUGCAAUCUGGGGCUGGCCCCGGGGCCGGCUGGGCCUUGUCCUCCACCUGCUCAAAUGUGCUUCCACCAACCAGAGGAGCCCAUUGACUAGUUUUUCUAAUAAAUCAAUUA